AUGCGAGAGAUGGCUGCUGUCGCCUCCCUGCCGACUUUCUCCGGCCUUAAGGCCGUGACCGUCCAGAAAGUCGCCGUGAAGGCCGCUCCCGCUGCCGUGAAGCUUGCUCCCGUGAGCGCGUCCCUCAAGGAUGCCUCCAAGGCCCUCGUUGCCGUCGGUGCCUCCGUGCUCCUCGCCGGCAGCGCCAACGCCGCGAAUAUCCUGAUGGGUGCCGGCGACGGUUCUCUUGCCUUCGUCCCCAAGGUCUCCAACGUGAAGGCCGGUGAGGAGAUCACCUUCAAGAACAACGCUGGCUUCCCCCACAACGUCGUCUUCGACGAGGAUGAGGUUCCCGCCGGUGUUGACGCUGAUGCCAUCUCCCACCCCGACCUGCUCAACGCUCCUGGGGAGACCUUCACCGUGAAGCUCACCGCCGCCGGCACCUACGAGUACUACUGCGAGCCCCACCAGGGCGCUGGCAUGGUUGGCCAGAUCGUCGUGUCGUAA